UUUCCAUAGUGUUGGCCCGUACACCGGUCGUGGUUCAGGUGCGUUGGCCCCGAGAGAGUAUAGUGCAGCCGAAGUGCGCGCCAAAAUAUAACGAAAAAAAAAAAAACAGUGUGUUUUACACCACGACGGUUUGCGCGUGUGUUAUUGUCGCGUUGCCGCCCUGACCUCCGUCUCAUUAACACCAUUGUCACUGUGAUAAAUCGUCACCGUAGUCAUUUUUGUAAAAAAUAAUAUCGAAGACUGUUCGAAAUAUAAUAUAUAUAUAUAUAUAUUAUUAAUAAAUCGGCCCCAGUCUUGCGGUUCCGGUGUGGACGGACGGGUGACACGCCGUUCGCAUCGUCGCCGUCCACCACGGUGGUGGUAGUAGUGGUGCCGGUGAUGUGGUGUAUACAGGUGAUUGUCAUGCGCGCGUGAGUGGCGCGGUCACCGUCUCGUAGGCGUGCGGCGGCGGAUCCGUGCACAACAUCGUAGAAAUAGCGCGCGUCGCCGUCCUCCGCAGUCGUCCGCGGACAACCGGUCUUCGCGACCGUAUUUUGCACCCGGCGUGCUCGCGCUCCGGUCACGCCCGUUAGUACGUUAACGCCACUGUUGCGCGUCAGCGACAUGCCGUCGUCGGUCGAGUACUCGGCAUCUCUGGUCUUGCUGGCGGUCGUCUCCGUCGCUACCAUAUGGCCGUCCGCCGAGUCGUAUCGCGUGGACAAGUACUCGCUGCUCAUGCCCAAUGUGCAGCCCAAAAAGAUGGAUUUGUAUUUGUGCACUCCUAUUAGAAUAGACCCAAGCAAGUCUUACUUUAUUGUCGGUUUCGAGCCAAAAGCUCACGGUCAUACAUCGCACCAUAUGUUACUUUAUGGAUGUUCAGAUCCUGGAAGCGAAGAUCCCGUUUGGAAUUGUGGAGAAAUGCAAAUGGCAUCAAAUACACAUAAGCCGUAUAUGCAUCCCACCCCAUGCAAGUCAGGAUCUAAUAUAAUGUAUGCUUGGGCUCGUGAUGCACCAACUUUGAAACUUCCAGAUGGUGUUGGAUUCAAAGUCGGAGGUGAUUCGCAGAUCAAUUAUUUAGUUUUACAGGUUCACUACCACAGAAUGUUUGAUGAUGACGAAACGGAUAACUCUGGGAUAUAUUUGCAUUACACAGAACAACAAUUAGAUAAACAAGCUGGAGUAUACUUACUAGCUACAAACGGAAGAAUACCUCCGAAUUCAAUCGAACACAUGGAAACAUCGUGUCCUCUCUACGAGACUGGGAAAGUCAUUCAUCCGUUUGCGUACAGGGUCCACACUCAUGAACUUGGUAAAGUUGUAGCUGGUUACAGAGUAAAAAAUAAUAAUGGUGUACAAAAAUGGGAUCUACUAGGAAAAAGAGACCCCAUGACGCCACAAAUGUUUUACCCAAUAGAGAACAAUAUCACCGUCAAGUUUGGUGAUAUAUUGGCUGCCAGGUGCACAAUGGAAAGCAGGCGAAACACCGUUACUAGAAUUGGCGCGACGAGCGACGACGAAAUGUGCAAUUUUUACGUGAUGUACUGGGUAGAGGGGACUGGACCUUUGGAACAACAGAUCUGCGUGUCGGAAGGAUCUCCGCGGUAUUAUUGGUACAGCGAUCCGUAUCUGACGAACAUACCGGACGAAGAAGCGUCGAUCUUAUAAACACUAGUUAACACAAAUAAUUAAUGAUUCUCGUUUUGGUUGUCAGAUAUCUCGGUACCUAUAUUUUAUUUAUGAGUACUUACCUAUCUAUGAUAGGUACACAUCCCAAUACCAAUAUUCCUUUUUUAUUUUAAUAUAAUUUAUUGUUAUUUAUUAUAAUUAUUAUUAUUAUUAUUAUUUUA